AUGUCUGGUCAACAAUCGAGCAGCAAAUAUAUACUCUUUGGCGGUAUUCGGGUCGACAUCAGUCAGCUCGACUUCAGUGACCACACUUCCAAUGUGGGCGCUAUCAAGUCUUCAAGUAUCGUCUUCAUCGCCUUUAUUAUUCCGGUCGUUGCAUUACGGAUUUAUUCUAGAAUGAAAUGCGGCCAUCGUAUCUUCGCGGAUGACAUCCUUAUCCUGUGUGCAGCAGCAUUUACAGUGGGUCUAGCUGUGAUGUGCAUCGCAGCAACUAAUUAUGGCCUGGGAGAGCAUAUUUGGCUGAUCCCCAUAGGGAGUGUCUUUGAGACGAUGAAGGGCUGCAUAUUGUAUCUCUUCAUCUGCCAAAUCUUGUACGCCUUCGCCAUCGCUUUUACCAAGCUCUCCAUCAUAGCGUCCUAUCUUCGCUUGUUCCCAGACAAAAUGUUUCGCAUAUGGAUGUACAUACUGUCCUUCUCUAUCGUGGGGUUAUGGUUCACAGGCGUCUUUGUCACAGUCUUUCAGUGCACCCCAGUCCGCGGCGCCUGGGAUUUCACUAUACCGGGCCGCAGAUGCAUCAACUACGUCACAUAUCUGUACGCGAGUUCAGCUGUGAAUGUAGCUACCGACAUUAUACUUUGCCUCUUGCCUUUGCCACACCUCUGGAAACUGCAGCUACCACUUAGGGAACGAGUUGUGCUUUGUGUGUUGCUGGCAGGAGGUGUAAGUGCAUGUGUUGUGGGAAGCGUCCGUAUUGCCUUCCUCGGCCGACUACGUGUCUUGGACACUACGCACGACAGCGUACCAGGCCUGAUCAUGUCAGUCGGAGAAUGCAGUCUAGGAAUCAUCUCCGUCAGCUUCGCAUCCUUUCGUCCACUAGUAAAGCGAUUCCUAUCGACACCGAACUCCACGCCUCAGCCGUCAGUCCCGCUACAAAAACGUAGCAACUAUACCAGCAGUACCAAUACAUUGCCCAAGCUCCUAAGCGGAAAGGGAACGGAGCUUUCGCACAGAUCUUCGUUCACACAACUCACCGACAAGGGUGCGUCCCACGACUACUUCACUGCUCCCGCUGGAAGUCAAGCGAGCGUGGAAGAACGGACUACAGGUUUCGAGGAUAGGGAGUCAUUGGAAACUGAGUGGGAACGAUAUGUUGCUACAUGUUGA